AAACAGCUCCAAAAAUCAAGGGGAGUAGUUAAAUUUGCUGUUUCCACCUGAAUUCCGGGUUGGGCAGUGGAUGAGGGAAGUACGGGGGUGCUGCAGAAUUUGUGGGCUGCCAAUCGGAAUUUGCAAGCUCAGGCGGAAGGAUACUAGGGGCUCUAUGGGCCUGUGUUGCAAAUUCUUGGUGGUUGCGGGACAAUACUUGUGCUCGCCACCACACCAGCUUGUACUGCAUUUAUGGGACUCACCACAUCACCAAGUGAUACUGCAGUGCUGGUAUGUGAAAGACCAGGAUGUACUAGGCCACUAGUGCUCACCAAUUCACCAAAAGGUAGCGUGGCACUAGUACUGGCACUCUGCUGCAUAUGAGGAGACAUC